UGAUUCCUGAGAAGUGAGAUUCAACCAGAUUUAACUGAGUUUUUGCACACGGUCAAGACCGCGGUUCAGCAGAAGAAGCUGGUGUGCGACGGUUGUAAAGUUUGAUUGGAGAGUAUGCCCUUAAAUUCUGCCACAAUUAAGAGCAUACGCCAAUUUCGAUUCAGGACUUUUACAACAGUUGCAAAGCAUCUUUUUCUGCCGAACGCGGCCAAUGUUUUCGCUCGGUCCUCCUACUGAGUUAGGAGUACUCUUAUAUAUGAUUUUGUCUCGUUCUAGCGUACUGCACCAGUUUCACCAGUGCAGCAAUAGAAAACAAGCCUAUUGCUGGCCAUUGCCGCGCUAAACGCGGAGCGUACACGGACGCGGCUUGCAAUGCUUGCAUUCGUGUGCGUGAGCAUCGUAAUGUAGCUGGUGUAGCACUCGGUGGUGCUGGCGCGGCCGAAAGUUCAGGUACCGUCAGCCCCUGCGACUCGGUGCGCGAAGUCAGGCAUGCGCGACAGCGCGGCUGCGACGAAACAUUCAAUUGCCACGGUCGUUUCCCGCGUUUCUCUCGAGGUUGAUCUCCCGCCGUUCCCGGCGAUCUCAAAUGUAAAUAACAAGCUACGCGAGAGACACACGUCGGUUUUGGAUAUCCCCGGAGAGUGAUCGGCGCGCAACGCGCUCGCGCGUCGAACGUCGCUACAUCGUCCGCCGACGCGCACGGUCGCGGUCGUUCCUCGGACUCGCCGGUCCGUUCAGAUUGCAACGUCAAAGAGUCGCUCGACGAUGGACAGUCAGGGGAAGUUGCUGUGCACGCCGCGACGAGCGCAGAAGUGUCUGUUCGCGCUGCCCAACGACAAGCCCGAGACAAGAAGCGGCUCCGAACGUCCUCGGAUCAGAGACGACACGUCCUCGGGGGAGGAAUCGGACCUGGGACCGAUGUCGCCCCUGGCCCUCACCGAUCGAAGCCCGAGUAUCUCGACGAGCGACUUCAGUUCCCCAGGCAGAGAAUUCGUCUCGCCGCUCGCAACACCCGAGAAGUCCGCCAGCGCGUCCAUGUCGUGGGACCGCUUGAGGCUCGUCGCGGGCGACCGCAUGUCGCCCUUCAGAUCGCUCAGGAAGGUCACCAAAGCCGCCAGGUACUCGCCGAAGGGCAACCUGUUCGGCGGCAGCCGGUCACCGAGAUCACUGCCGUCCACACCCAGCAGACGGGCGGAUCCGUCGACGCCGCAACGUUCGAAGACGAUGCCGGAGCAGAGGAACGAGAUAGUACCGGAGACACCUCAGCGGAGCUUCGCCACGGAGAUACAGAACCAGAGUAUCACGGAGACGCCGCGGAAGAGCCUCGGGGCCGCCGAGAGUCGGCAGACGACGCCGCUGAGCUCCAUAAGCAAGACAGUCCCGUUGCCGAAGCUGCACAGGCGAAAGUCCCUCGGCGCGAUUGAGGCGAGCGAGGAUCUCUCGCCCGAGCAAAAGGAGAACAGGCUGAAGAGAUACGCGCGCGACCAGCCGGCGGUGAAACCGGCCAAGUUGUUCAAAGCGGACGAGGGCUCUGUGCCGAGAGCGCGAGCGUCAUUGUUUCAGGAGAGAAGGAGCGAGCGCGGCCUGAGCGAUUUCUCGCUGAACACGAAGACGUUUUACAGCGGUGGCGCGAAAUCCGAGCGGCCUUUCCUCAAUUUCAAGAGUGGCAACGUCAAGAGGAGACAAAGCCUGCCCUCGCAGAGCAACAGCAGGCGCUCGUUGACGGGGAAGAAGCGGAGAUUUGGCAAGAUCAACGCCGGCGUGUACCACGGUAUCAAGAAGCCGAAGCCCAGGGCGAGUACGGAGGCGUCGAAGAAGGAAGACUCGCAGGAUCCCACGGCCUCGGGCAAGAGUCCACCCGCCGAAGAGACUCAGCCGAUGGAGGCGAGCGCGGCGGUGGAGGAGAGGCCACCCUCGCCGGUGGUCGACGAGAACAAGCGGUUCUUCAAGACCAACAGGACAAUCAGAUCGAAUUGCGCCGCCACGGUGACGGUGAGCAAUAAGAUCAAGUUGAAGGUCGAGGACGGUAAGAUUGCGCUGAAGGAGAAUCCGAAGCGCGCGAGUGCGCACAAGCCGAGGCCGAGGGUCGAGGACGCCCCUCCGGACGCCACCGAUCUGACUGUCGACGAGCCGGAGAUCGAGGCCACGUUGCAGCAGGACAGGGUCGCGGACCUCCUCAAGAUCCUCGAGGACGACUGGGCGAACGACGGCUACGAUUCGAUGACACCGUUGACUCAGAUCGCGGACGCGUUCACCCCGUUGAAGCCGGCGGCGACGUUGCCGAAUGACGCGAUCAUGUCCCCGGCCAGCGAGCUCAGCAACAUGACCUCGACGAUGAACAUCGGAGACGUGGCUCCCUUGACGAACUUUGAGAGUCUUUCGCUCGACAACACGAACAACAACGACGCCGAGAACAAUAACGGCACCGAGAAGGACACCGGCGAAAAGGAUGCUGAGAAGGCAUACUUUCCGUUGUUCAACAAGGGACAUUCUGUACCUGAUGAUAUUUUCAAAGAGACUGAUGCCACGAAAGCAGGAAAAAGAAAUACGCAUAAAUGGCAACUAUCCGCAAAGGGUGGUGGUGCGGACGACCAGUAUCAGCUGGACGCUGGUCAGAAGCGCUUCGGCGCCACUCAGUGUCCGGAAUGCAAAGUUGUGUACCAACUGGGCAAUCCCGAGGAUGAAAACGCUCACUUGAACUAUCACAACAGCACACGGACUCUAAAAUUCCAGGGGUGGAAGGACGAGCGCGUUAUAUUGGAGGAUCCUUUCACCUCUAGCAAAAUAAUCUUGGUCGAGCCGCACGACCCCAAGCAACAUUGGAAGAAAGUGUUGGAUAUCUUGGCUGUCGUAGAUACAGAUUUGGGACUGUCGGACGUGAAUUUCUCCACUUACCAGAGCAAACGGGUCUUCUUGUACGUACGCCAGAAAAACGUUCUCGGAGUGCUGGUGGCGGAACAUAUUGACACAGCGUUCCGUAUGAUUCCCGAACUGAUCGAGCAUAACUGCUGCACCGCCGAGGGUACGUCUACGAAAUGCGGCAUAAACGUCGUCUGGACCGCGAUGAGUCAUCGCAAGCAGGGCAUAGCUACCAAACUCGUCGAUACUUUGAGAACCAAAUUCUUCUACGGUUACGUGAUGUCGUUGGACGACAUAGCGUUCUCAAUACCGACCACAGGUGGCAAGAUCUUCGCCGAGAAAUACACAAAAACGAAAAAUUUCAAGGUUUACAACUAAAUUCGCCAUAUUUCUGUUCCAGUGUUCGUUCUUUAAAAAUAGCUGUGUUUUUUAAUAUUUUCAAACUAGCAAAAUAUCCACCUAUAUACCUUAUUUUAUCGUAUUUUAACUUGAUAGUUAUGUAUUUUUAUGAAACCUUUAUUACUAACACGUUGAUAGAAAUGAAGUAGAAAAGUUAAUAGGUUUCUUUAAAUUAAUUUUAUAUCUUUUUCCUUCUUAUUUAAAUUAUUAUUACGUUUUACUGUAUAGCUUUAAACCUAACGAGAUACUUUUGUAAUUUAAUUAACAAAAGAUAUAAAUCUGAGGUAUAAAGAUAUAAAGUCAGAUAGAAAU